AUGAAGAAAACUGUCAUCGUUUCAUCCCCUGGAAAAUUAAUUAUCGGGGGUGAACAUGCUGUUGUCUAUGGUCGACGAGCUCUAGUCACAAGUAUUGGUAUGCGAUUAUAUAUGCAAUUAACUGUGGAUGAAAACACUGACAAGCAAACGGAGAAACAUCUACUGAAUUUCAUACUUCACGAUACAAAUCAGCGUUAUUCGAUUGAUUUGUCUGAGUCAUCCGAUACUCAACCGAUUGAAAUUGAAGCAGUAAUUUACGUCUACAAUCAAUUCAAGUCAUCCCUAUCCGAAACAGGUGUAUUCAACAUCGAAGUACGAUCCGAAAUUCCAAUUGGUGCUGGUCUUGGUUCUAGUGCUGCGUUCAGUGUUUGUCUCGUUGGUUGUUUUCAUCUUCUUUGUUAUGGUAAACUCUGUCUCGAAGACAUCAAUGAAUUAGCAUACAAGGUCGAGUGUCUUUUUCACGGUACGCCGUCUGGUGUGGACAAUACGAUUAGUACAUUUGGUCAAUCCCUUUUAUACAGUCGAGUAUCGAAGAAACACUUGAAUUUUCGCCUAUCGAAUCUAGCUAUCAUCGAUACUGGUAUUCCGAAAUCAACGAAACGAAUGGUUGGUUUAGUUCGAUCGUUUGUGGAAAAUACUCCUGAAGAAGGAGAAAAGAUUUUAAAUGAUAUUGAAACAUGUGUGGAUGCGAUGGUUGAACAUCCGGAUGAAAUCAAUGAAUUGUUUCAACGAAAUCAACAAUUAUUAAAACAUUUGGGCGUAUCGAUAGUAGAAAUCGAUCAGAUUGUUGAAAUUUUAUUGAAAAAUAGCAUUUCGACGAAGAUCACUGGUGCUGGCGGCGGAGGUUGUUUGAUUGCGUUGACAUCAACAUUUACGAAGGAACAAAUUUUGGAAUUCUUGAAAGAUAAUCCAGUUAAAUCCAUUCAAUUUGUUGAAUGUGGUGUAGAAGGUCUACGAGAAGAACAAAAAUUCCUCUAA